GUAGCCAUUAGGCACCAUCCAUAAUCCUUUCUGGUAUUUCCUGGCAAAAGCAGCCACGCCCACCAACAUCUGAGAGAAGAGACAAACGGCCAUGGGUUCUUUCCUGAGUUCCAAUAACUUCAGCAAGGAAGAUAUUCAAAUGGCACUUGACAAGGUCAAGCAAAUCGUUUCCUCCACGCCCGUUGUUGUCUUCAGUAAGACCUAUUGUGUUUACUGCAAUAGGGUUAAGCAGCUGCUUACUCAGUUAGGGGCUUCUUACAAAACCAUUGAGUUGGAUGAAGAAAGUGAUGGUGGUGAAAUGCAAGCAGCUUUGAUAGAGUGGACUGGGCAGACCACUGUACCUAAUGUGUUCAUUGGCGAGACACAUAUUGGUGGCUGCGAUUCUGUUGUGGCCAAGCAUCAAGCAGGUCAGCUUGCGGCUCUCCUUGCAAAUGCUGGUGCCAUUACGGUCAAUCUCAAUGCCUGAGACCAAGCCUUUAUGCAGAGGCCAAAUAUUACUCUUCUUUCCGAGACCUACUAGACUUUCCAAUGGCCGAUAGAUAAAACAGUUUGUGUGCUUCUUGCAAUAUGUUUGAAUUUCUGAGACUGCAAAUGCUAUUAUAGAAUUGG